AUUAGAUUUAAAAUAACAAUUUGUUUAUUUUUAAUUUAGAGAUAACAUGUUAAGGGUUUUUAUAGCUAGUCUUUUAUUUUGUCAUACUUAUUGUAAAUUGAGCGAAGAUUAUGUUGAAAAAUAUUUUGUACAAUUUAUUGACCACUUCAAUUUCCUUGGACAAGCAGGUGCUAAUGGUCAAUUCAAACAGCGCUACCUAAUCUCAGAUAAAUAUUGGUCAAAAGGAAAAGGGCCGGUUUUGUUUUACACUGGUAAUGAAGGUUCCAUUGAGAAUUUUUGGGAAAACACUGGUUUUGUAUUUGAACUUGCUCAAAAAUUAAAAGGCCUAGUUAUUUUUGGAGAACAUCGAUAUUAUGGCAAAUCACUACCUUUUGGAAAUGAUUCUUUUACUCCUGCCAAUAUUGGUUUUUUAACUAUUGAUCAAGCUUUAGCUGACUUUGCAGCUCUUAUUCAACACUUGAAGAAGAGUAUGGGUGCUGAUAACUGUUCUGUUUUUGCAUUUGGAGGAAGUUAUGGUGGUAUGUUGACUGCAUACAUGCGUUACAAGUAUCCUCACAUUAUUGAUGGUGGUGUAGCAAGUAGUGCCCCUUUCCUGACUAUAGCUGGAAAACGUCCACGAUCAGAAUUUUUCCAAACUGUAACUGAGACAUUUCGCAAAGCAGACUCUAAUUGUCCAAGCAGUGUUCAAAUUGCUUUUACACAGUUGAUGGAUUUGUUUAAUUCUGGGAAGGAAGGUUUGCAACAGCUUGAGAAAGUUUUCAGUUUAUGUGAAGGGCAGAUGACUCGUCCAUUUUUAGAAAAGCAAAUGAUUGCUUGGGCUCGAAAUGCAUUUACUCUUUUAUCAAUGGUAGAUUACCCAUAUCCAGCUAAGUUUAUGGCUGAUUUACCUGGACACCCAGUAGAAUUAGCUUGCUCUUACAUGCAAGUAGAAGAUAAACUUGCUGGUCUUGCAAAAAUUACUGAUUUGCUAUAUGGAAAACCAGCAAAUUGUCAUAAUUUGUAUGAAGAGUAUGUUUCAUGCUCUGAUCCAACCGGUUGUGGCACUGGUCCUGAUAACCCUCCAUGGGAUUACCAGGCAUGCACUGAAAUGAUUUUACCAGGUGGAAGUAACAAUAUUACAGAUAUGUUUCCUCAUCUUGAUUUCACAUUGGAAAUGAGACAACACUAUUGCAGUAAACGUUGGGGUCUUGGAUACUCACGAUUAAAUUGGCUUGCAACACAAUAUUGGGGAAGUUUAAAUGAUAUAAAAAAAGCAUCCCGUAUUAUAUUUCCAAAUGGUGAUCUUGAUCCUUGGCAUACUGGAGGUGUUUUGGAAGAUCUAUCAGACUCACUGAUUGCUAUUAUGGUUGAAGGUGGAGCACAUCACUUAGAUUUACGAGGUUCAAACCCAGCUGAUCCAAAAUCUGUCAUAGAUGCUCGUAAUAAAAUUACAGAAAUCAUUACUGGCUGGAUGCACGAAGACCAUAUGAAAAAAAUGUUUUAGAAACCUGUUAGUGAAUGUUAUAAAAACUUUAUAUAUCAUUUUUGUACUUGUUUUUUAUAAACUUGAUUCUUUAUUUUAUAUUUAUCACAAUAUAUCUAAUAUUAAUAACGUAUGAAUGAAAAAUCGAUAUAUAAUAUUCUAUAAUAUAUAUGAAAAAUUGGUAUAUAUUAUUAAAUAUAUAUAUGAGUAUAAUAUUGGAUUUUUAUUUUGUGAUAUUAACAUAUUGAUAGUCUUUAUUUCUUAAAAAUAACUUUUACAUUAUUUGAAUAUGAUUAUGAUAACUUUACAUUAUUUGAAAAGAAUAAUUUGAUUUAAGGAUUUCAAAAACUCGUAGCCCCCCUGCCCCCUUCUUCCUUAUUCAAAAUUUUAUUAUUCAAAAAAAUUAUUUACAAAAUAUCUUUUAUUGGAAAAAAAUCUAUCGAAAGUAUUUUUCCGGACUCAAAUUCCAUUCUAUUUUUUGUUCACCUUUGGAAAGCUAGUCAGUUUGCUCUUCUUUGCAAAUUCUCUUGACCGAUAGUUGCAGGAAAUCUAAAUUUUGACGAGGUUUGGGCACUAUGAAACAUAGCGAUUAUAUUAAAUUAUUUGUUUUUUUAUUUAAAUGGUUUAUCAUGAUACGGUUGUGUAAGGAUCAUAAAAAUUGCAUAACUACACUACUGUACUGUUUUGUAAA